AUGGAGUCAGACAAUAGAAAACGACAGGAGAACGGUGAAGUGGAAUUUGAAGAAAGAAGAACAAAGGCGCGGGAGGAUAACAGUAACGGAGGGAAGCAGACGGCGACGGAAAGUGAGGUGGAGGAAUUCUAUGCCAUUCUCCGGCGAAUACACGACGCCGUUAAGUAUUUCCAGAAGAAGCAGAACAACAAAAACGGGGUCGAGGGCCACAGGGAGAAGGAGAAAGCGCCGAGAUGGAGACCGGAGUUUGAGUGGGAGGAUUUUGAGGAAGUGAAGGUUAGAGAGAAGCGGGGGGAAGGGGUGGAGGAGGAGAACAAUCACAUGGUUUUGGAUCUGAACGCCGAUCCGGUGUCCGACGGAAACUCCGGUUAG